CCCUCUCGCUCGGCCCGUGUGUCUGUGUCGGCUCUCUCAAAACUCCGACAACACGAUCACACGCGAUAGCAUAUUGCGUGGAUAUCAUGCAGUCACAUGAAGCCGCUUCAUUUCUAACCGAUAAACACACCGACCACCUCUGCUCCGGCUCGGCUUCCUGCGGUCUCCUCCGCGCGUGAACGGGAGAAAAAAGGCGAUCGGUCGGGAUUCAGUGACGAGGAAAACAGUAAUGUCUCUUCCGGCUCCAAAGAGUGUGAAAAGCAAACGGAAGCCGAUGUGGUCAUUGUAGCUUGUCAGUGAAGUCCUGUGCUCCCACCUUCAUUUCCUCUGCUUGUACUGGACACAAGACCACUCAUUUCAACUCUUCUACAAAUUUUGGUUUCUCCAUUUAAUCUGCAAGAAAAAAAAUCGAAAGAAAGAAAGAGAGGCUUCAGACCCAAGACCUGCAACUCACCUUUGGCCACAAGUUUUAGAACUCCAGAAACUACUCUUCCUUUUUUAACUUUUUAAGGAACCACAAUUCCACAUAAUCCAAGUCUCCACAUCAUCAGUUAUUUAGCUUUUUCAUCACCAGCACAGUUGGCGUCAGUGCACCUCGGAAAAAGGAUCAGUUCUUAUUCCACCAACUGAUCUCCAACUGGUGCUCCUUUACCAGGGAAGGAAGGGGUGAACAUUUUGCCUCUUUCCCUUGAGAUGAAGCUGCAGGCUGUCAUGGAGAACCUGCACAGGCAGCAAAGGGCCAAGCUGCUGAUGGAGCAGCAGCUGCAGCAGCAGGCUGCUGCUCAGCACACUCAGGUUCGUACAGGCACAGGGGAUGAUCCAAUGGGGAGCCCGGCACCUGAGACGGAACAGGCCCAGAUGGCCGCUCUGGCGGCCAUGCGUGCUGCUGCUGCUGGGCUACAGAGAGUGUCAGACAGCCCGAUGUCCGAACGCAGCAGCUGUGGCGAACAGGAAGGGGAUGAUGAUAAUGAUGAAGGCGAAGAUCAAUACAAGGACAUGAUGGGGUCAGAUGAAGAAGAGCAAAUCAAACAGAAGUGGGAUGAGGAAGACUUUGAAGGUGAAAUGGAAGAAGACUUUGAUGAUGACCUGGCAGAAGAAGGUGGUCUGCCGACAGGCCAUGAUGCAGUUGCCCCAGGAAAAGGCAUUCUUCUGCUGCCUCAUCGCCAGCUCCACCCUCAUUCCCAGCUGCUGAAGGUCCGUCCCGGUUCUGAGCAGGAGCCACGAAUAGCCAUAAUGCCUCCCCAUGCCACACACAGCCAUCUGGGUGGACAGGACCAUGGAGAAUGGACCUAUGAGGAACAGUUCAGACAGCUGUAUGAACUGGAUGGAGACCCAAAGAGAAAAGAGUUCUUGGAUGACCUCUUCAGCUUCAUGCAAAAAAGAGGAACCCCAGUGAAUCGUAUUCCCAUCAUGGCCAAACAGGUUCUGGACCUGUACAUGCUCUACAGGCUGGUGACAGAAAAGGGCGGCCUUGUGGAGGUCAUCAACAAGAAACUGUGGCGAGAGAUCACCAAGGGACUCAACCUGCCUACCUCAAUCACCAGUGCAGCCUUCACCCUCCGCACACAAUACAUGAAGUAUUUGUACCCAUAUGAAUGUGACAAGAGGGGUCUCAGCAACCCCAACGAGCUUCAAGCAGCCAUUGACAGUAAUCGACGGGAGGGCCGACGACAGAGUUUUGGCAGCUCCCUCUUCACCUACUCCCCCAAUGGGACGCCAACCAUGCUGUCAUCUCCCAAGCUCCCCAGUUCCACCGUAGGCCUGACAGUGGGCACUAACGGGGCCUCGCUGACCCCAAUCCAGAAGAUCAAGAAAGAAGAGGAGGGAGGCCAGCCGCUACCAGGGGUUGGUGUGGCCCGUUUGCCAGCUGGAGCCCUGGCUGGUCACUCUGUGGCUGCUGUGCAGGCGGCAGCAGCCCAGGCAGCGAUGGCAGCACAGGUGGCAGCUCUGGAGCAGCUGAGGGACAAAUUGGAGGCCGGCGAGCCACCAGAGAAGAAGAUGGCUCUGCCAGCAGAGGAGCACCACCGACUGCUGCAGAGAGCUUUGCAGCACAACCUCCUGGCCAUGACUGCUCAGAUACCAAUGAACAUCCGCAUUAGCAACCAAGAUGGAAGGCAAGACUCGGCUCUGAACCUUACCACCAACGGCACAAGCAGCAUUAGUAUGUCAGUGGAGCUCAAUGGAGUACUGUACACUGGCGUUCUUUUUGCUCAGGCAGCUGCAGGGACAGCGACAUCUGGUACGUCUACGUCGUCCGUCGCCAACAAGGUCGUCAGCAGUCGCGUUGCUCCACCGCAGCAGCAGCAGCAGCAGCAACAGCAGCAACAGCAGCAGCAGCAAAACACACCUACCUCAACCUCCAGCAACCCAUUGUCUUAACAAACCCCCAGCCUUUCCACUCUGCUUUUUUUUAAUACCACGCUACGUAAAGCCAAAAAGCAACCUCAUUUUCUACUUCACCUAUGCCAAAAAGAGAAGAACCAUCAACAGUACAGAAAGACACAAACUGUAACUCAGUUCACUUGAAGUACACUAUCUCAGGUUAUCUCUCACAAACUCAUCUCUUUUGUUCUUCAUCGCCAAAAACAAUUUUGACAAAAAAAAAAAAAAAAAAAUCCAAACUGAGAGCCAGUAUAUGCUAAGCAAAUACAUAUGCACAACCUG